AUGGCUGCCCCUCAGACCCGGCCAGCGCCUGGUGGUGCCACUACAUCAUCAUCCUCCAUAUUCCUGCCGCCGCCCUCGCAUCCCCCGCCGCCGCCGCCGUCUGUCUCGUACGGUCAGUCGUCACCUUUAGUAAUCCAGACUGCAGCAUCGUCGGCCCUGGGCCCAGCAGACACAGGUAUUUCCACCCCUUUGCAUUGUCCGCCGCCUGCUUCCGCGUCUGGUUUAGUAAUACCUCAGACAGAAGUCUCGCCGACGUCCUCGCCUUCGCAGUCUCAGUUCACCUAUACACCCCCGAACUCGACUGCGUACCCGAACGCGCGAGAACAAAGCCAGGCCCAGCCUCUUUCCUCCUCACCCCGUCGCUACCCUACAGACCUCACGCUUCCCAUACCCGAAGAAUGCGACGAGACGGCCAGCGAGUCCCCCAAUGAGCCCGUCACCCCAGUAAGCGGCCGUCAGUCGCGCGACUUUCACACGGUAGACCAGCACGACGCCCACCACCGCCACUACACAAAUUCGCUCGCUUCGUCCACCGAGGUGCCUCCUGAACACCAAUUUGCGUCUCACGGCUUCUCAAAGACGCCGCUGCUCGUCGAGACUGCCGCUACCCCUCCCAGGACGCCCCAGGACCCGGCUGCUGCUAAAUCCCUCACGCCCGACUCUGUGGCAUCACCAGCACCGCCGUCAGAGAGCACCCCGACCCUCAGGCGGCCCUCCACGCGUGGCUCCGCUGCCCCUUCGAUCCUCCGAAGACGGUCCUCCGCACUCAGCCUCAAAAUGGCCAACUUCUUUCGGCGUACCAACUCCAAUGUCACGGAGAGCUCCACGGUCGAGUUUAGAAACCCCACCUACCAGAGCGGCGCCAACAACGACACCAACGCCUCGACGCCAAUCAAAAUAACCCCCAAUGGCAGCCAAAGCCGCUUUUCCUGGCGGCGAUCGGCGGCGACCUCGAUCUCGCACACGCCGCCCUCGCCCAGUUCGCCGCUCGAGAUGGCGCCAGCCUCGAAAGACAACGCAGCUAGGCCAAUGCUGCCAUCGUCGACGGAUUUUCUCGACAACACGAAGAAGAGCAGAGUCAGCACUGGUUUCUCAUUUCGUGAUCGAGUGAACUUUAGCAACAAUAACCACAAGACCGUUCGACGUGUCAAGAGCGUCGAGCGCAAGAAGAAGCACCAUGAGGAGCUCGUGUCCCACCCAUUCGCCAUGGCACCAGACUACGGUACUGGUAUGAAGGCGCGCCGCCUUAGUCUCAGUCUUCCGGAUGAUUUCACUGUUGACGUGGCAGAGCUCACAAAAGAGUUUGAGUAUCAGCACAAGCUCUUUGGCCGUCACGGUAAGCAUUUGGGCAAGGGUGCAACCUCCAAGGUCACCUUGAUGGCCCGAAAAGGUGUCCCCACCGAGCUCUAUGCCGUCAAAGAAUUCCGUGGCAAGAAAUCAGAUGAAUCCAAGGACGACUACGAACAGAAGAUCAAAUCCGAGUACAGCAUUGCCAAGAGCCUGCACCACCCCAACAUUGUCGAAACCAUCAGGCUCUGUUCCGAUCAUGGCCGCUGGAACCAUGUCAUGGAGUACUGUUCCGAGGGCGACUUGUUCAGCCUGGUCUCCAAGAAGUACCUUCGAGAAUCUGAUCGAGAGACGGAUCGACUAUGCCUGUUCAAACAACUGCUGCAGGGGAUCAACUACCUGCACUCCAACGGCAUUGCUCAUCGAGAUAUCAAACUGGAAAAUCUCCUCAUUACCAAGGAUAGCAAGCUCAAGAUCACCGACUUCGGUGUCUCGGAGGUGUUUUCAGGCAUACACCCUGGCCUCAGAGAGGCUGGUGGUCAAUGUGGCCAGCGAAUGAACGGGGAGAUUCGGCUCUGCAAACCUGGCAUUUGUGGGAGUGAACCCUAUAUCGCACCCGAAGUGCUUCGCAAGCAAGGAGAAUACGACCCCCGUGCCUUGGACGUGUGGAGCUCUGCUGUUGUCAUGAUCUACCUGGUAUUCAGCGCCAACCUGUGGGAGAGAGCUAGCGAAGACCCGUCACGCAAAGGCAACGACAACUACCUCAAGCUGGUCAAGGCCUGGGAGAAAUUCGAAGCCAAGAAGGCCAGCCGCCCGGAUCUGCCCAAGGAAGCUAUGCCUCGUCUGGAUGCUUUCGAGUUCGGAUUCAAAACGGCAGCCCUUCGGCGCCUCAUAUUCAAUAUGCUCCAUCCCGACCCCGCCAAGCGCAUCACUAUCUCCGAGGUGAUUAACAGCCGUUGGAUGAGAAACGUCGAAUGCUGCCAACUGGAGAGCUACGAUGAUCCCGUCAAAUUCAUCGACGUGUCCAAGAAGGACUGUUUGAAGACCAUGGCUGGAAAGAUCUAUUGCCACAACCAUCUUCCGUUACAAAGCACUGGUCACGGUUUACCGCCGAUGCCUGGUAAAGCCGGUUAUUAG